AUGGAAAGGGCUUGUUUCGGAGAACAUGAGGUCAGCCCCGUGCCGUGUCAUCGCCAGGGUCGCUUCUCCUGCAGACGGCCCUGUGGACGACCUUUGACCUGCGGCAACCACACCUGCAGCGUGGAGUGUCACCUGGUCACCGGCGGCAACAAGUGUGAGGUGUGUGAUGAAGGUUGCUCUAAGCCCCGCCCCCCCGGCUGCCCUCACCCCUGCUCCCGCCCCUGUCACCCUGGCAACUGCCCCCCCUGCAGCCAGAUGAUCCGGCAACGCUGCCACUGCAAGAUCAGCAUGCUCUACGUGGAGUGCACGAAGUUAACAUCAGCUGCUGAACAGACGAAGGUGGAGCUGGGCUCCUGCAACAACCAGUGUCCUAAAGAGCUGAGCUGUGGUCAUCGCUGUAAGCAGGUGUGUCAUCCAGGUGUGUGCGAAGAGAAAUGUCAGCAGAAGGUGAAGCUCAGAUGUCCCUGCAAGAGGAUCAAGAAGGAGUUCCCGUGCUCUCUGUCGGCUCAGUGUGUGGUUCAGUGUGACGACGCCUGCAGAGACCAGCAGAGGAAAGUCAGCCAGGUGAAGGAGGCCGAGCAGAGAGCAGCUCAGGAGGAGGAGCAGAAGAAACUUCAGGAGGAGCUGGAGGCGUUCGAGAAGCGCCAGCAGCGCGGCGGUCGGAGGAGUAAGAAGCGAGGGAGGAGGGAGGAGGUGGAGGAGGAGGGGGGGAGGAUGGCGAGAUGGUGGCGGAGGUGUGGCGCCUUCGUUCUCGUCCCGCUGGGCGGAGCGCUGCUGUCGGCCGCCGCCUACUACCUCCUGAACACAGCCUGAACCAACGCACUGCUGCCUCUCAUAUAUAUACACACACACACACACACACACACACACACACACACACACACACACACA